AUGGGAAAGGCAGGGAGUGGGGACCAAGCCCCCCUUCUGCACCACCACAGUCUCAUCACCACCGACUUUGAUGCCCUCAAAUUCCACGCUGCUGCUUCCUUGCAACUGCGCGUGCACCAGCAACCAGGACAUCCGAAACCCCUACCCUUGAAACCAGGAGCCGGAGCAACCCCAACCAGCACCCACCUAAUCGUCUCCCCCUACAACAGCCCCCUCCACCUCCUCGACCUCCGCACCCUGGACCCCUCCAACCAACUCCUCGCGCAAGCCCUCACCAUCCUCCAGCCCACGCGGCCGGAUUACGCCACCGCGCCGUACACCGAGUCCUUCAACUGGACGGCCGUUCUGGGGCUGCUGCGGGAGCUCGUCCACGCCCGACACGGCACCGUCUGGCCGGCGCAGAGUUUCUACGUGGUAACCUUCCGCUCGAGGCUGCGCGCCGACGCCGACGGGGAGCGGUUGUAUCUGCUGGAUGCGCAUUCGCAUCAGGAGGCCAUGGCUAGCGGGGGUCUGCUGAAGUAUUGGUUUGGGAGUAAGGAUGCGGAGAGGAGGAAUCUGGCGACUUGCAUCUGGCGGAGUCGCGAGGAUGCGCGGUUGGGUGGGUUGGGACCGUGGCACAAGAAGGCACGCGGCGCGGCGCGUGAGAUGUAUGAGUCGAUUGAGUUCUCGACGUUGCGGCUGAGGAUUGGUGAGGGGGUUGCGUCUUGGGGGGUAACCGAGUGGGUGGAUGGGGAGGAGUGA